AUGUCAUACGAUCAUCGACUUACAUCUGAACGUAAUCACAUAUCUAUUAUCGAAAAUUAUUGUCAUUCAUCAAGUGCUAUUUCUAAUUCUCAUAAUUCAUUUGUGUUGAUUCCGAGUCAUUCGGAUAAUAACAGUAAUCUUAUGAAUUCUGGAAUUAGUCAUCCCACUUCUUUUAGUCAACAACCUAUAUCUGAUUCUUACGAACAUUUUCUCACAAAAUCUAUUAAAAAUUGUCCAAAAAAUUUAUACGAAGGCCAAAAACCUCAAAAUCAUCAGCUAUCAUUUUCAACAUCGCUUGGUUUAACUAAUUCUAUUGAAGGUAUUUCAUCGAAAGAACCACCUAUGUUUUUUCUUUUAACUGAUAGCCAUGGAAAAUACUUUCCUCCUGUUUUACAAGCAACUUCGUAUAGAAUUAUCGUCAAACCAAUUUCUGGUUUACAAUGGAUUAAUCACUAUGACAAAAAUUUAUGUACUAGAUCUUUACUUCUUUCUUCAUCAAUAUCCUCUAUUCUAUCCUCGUGUGUUGGAGUUCUGUUCUUAAUUGGAACAAAUUCAAUCCGUAAUACAUCAGCCCCACGAAUUAUUGAACAGCUUGAAGAUAUUAUUGAUUUAGUACGAUUUAAUUAUGAUCAUCUACAAUCAAAAGCUGAUAUUUCAAUUACCUCAGUUUUUCCAUGCCAUAAAACAUCUAAAUUGUUUCCAUCGAUUUCUUCAUUGUCAUCCAAUGUCAAUAACUAUAAUAUAUUAUUAGAAGAUUUAUCGAUUCGAAAAGAUUUUUCCAUGCUACAUCUUCCCAUUACUGUUGAACAUCUUAACAAUGAUGGUUUACAUAUUCGUUUUCCAUAUGUAUCUAUUCUAUGGAAUUUUCUUGAACAAUAUUUAGCCGAUUUAAUAAUAAAAAAAUCGACAUUCACUCGAUGCAUACCACGUUCACGUACAGCUGUUAAGAAACGUAAUAAAAAACAACAUGAAAAAUUGAAACAAAAAAGAAAAACUUAUUCGUCGAUCAAAUACAUAGAUACUAUUUGGAAAUUAAAAGAUCUGAAGGCGUAUCUGAAAUAUAAAGAAAUCAAAUAUGGACAUUUACUUGAAAUUCGUCGUAAUAAACUCUACGUUUAUUUCAAUAAUAUCAUACAAAAACAACAAGCUGAACGAAUUUUGAAUUUGAUUUCUUUUGACGCGAACAGUUUUUCCGAUUGGUGCCAUACGAGCACUAGUUAA